CAAGUCUCGGCUCAAGCGAGUCGGAGAUGUUGAUCAAGCGACCUGUUUGUUUGCCAAAGAUGAUUCACUUUCUGCCGCUGCUGGUGGUGCAUGGCUUUGCUUACCGCAUUCAGACCACGGUCCUAAAGGACGACAUCGACGUGAAGCUUUGGACCUGGAAUUCUGGCAAGGAAGACCUGCAGCAAGAGGCAAAUAGACUCGCUCAGACGGAUGCCGACUUCAUCGUAACCUGCCAGACGGAGGCCUAUACUCAGAUCAAGAAGUACAUGCCCGACGAGUGGCAGCUAGUGGCUCAUGGGGAGCACUGGGGCGCCGCCGGUGGGACCAUCAAUGCGCAGAUUGCCAGCGUGCUCAUUCGUAAGCCGCUGGAUGGCACCAGCAUCGUGGGCAACGAAUCGGUGAAGGUGGUGAAAACUCCUUGGAAGAGUGACCUGGGCGGCACCUCGCACAUCCGCCGGGUGGAGAACGGCGAGACGACUUUGCUGCUCAAGGCCACCACGCAAGUGUCCGCCACUGACUACAAGGGAAAGGGCGGCGUGUCCAUUGCGUUGGAGUGGCCAGAAAGAGAAAACCGCCCGGCCAUGCGGGUGGACUUUGUGUGCGCCCACCUGGAUAGUGAGACCGUCCAGGCGCGGCACUACGGCAUCGCGGAGAUGCUGUCGCGCGUGAGUAGCUAUGACCAGAAGGUCAGCGUGAAGAUGAGGAAGGAUGCGGUUGGAAAGUCAGGCGAGAUCCGCCAGCCCUGUGGCAUUUUCGACCGCGACGAUGCCGCCUGCAACGUGUCGGCGCUGCCGGCGCAUCAUCUCAGCCGCCCUCCCACUGCCGUGGUCGUCAUGGGGGACCUGAACUACCGGCUGGCGGCCAGCGGUAUCGAGAACUUCACCGAGGACAAGCUGGUCUUUGUGGGUGCCCGCAAAGACCUCUCCGGCAACGACCGACUGGUGAAAGGUACCGAGCUGGCGGAUAUCUUGGUAAAAGACGUGUCGGAGGGCGGUUUCGGCUUCCAGUGCAACAUGCCUUUCGAACUCUACCCUCCCACCUAUAAGCGGAGCGGUGGUGAGGCGUGCAAGAGGCUGGGCGAGGCGCUGCAGCACUGUGGCACGGGAGCUGAUAAUCCCUGCAACGACUCUGUGGUGGAACUUGCUGCGAGCUGCUACGUGCGCAAGGACAAGAAUGACAUGGUGCAGUGGCCCACGAAGAAGGAUGACUUGCAGUUGGGCUGGCUGGAUCGCUUUUGCUUUCGGACGACAGGGCCAGAUCAGGGCCUGCACGUGGGCCUCAAGGACGAGGAAGGUUGGACGGACUAUCCGGGCCCGGCGCAGACUGGGGGAUCCGACCACAUGCCGGUGGCCGCGACUCUUCUGCUCACCUACGACAGCUGCAAGUGCUCCGACAUUCCUCCGCACAUGACGGUGGCCGGCUGUGAGGCAAACUCCAACCAGGCCUGGCUGCCCGGGCAAAAGACCACCGUGACCUGUGCAGCGGGCCACGUGAUGAAAGCUGGGUUAAGUGCCAUGUGGCACAAGUUCCGGGAGCACUCUUCGGCGGAGUUGACUUGUAGCAGAGGAGGGAUUCUGCGCACGUCAACGAGGAGGUCCCUGAACAAGCUCGAGUGUAUUCAGGCCUGCACUGUGCCCUACCGGAACCCCGACUCCGCCGCAGAGCUGAUUCCCAGCGCGGCCGUGGCGGUGCCGGGGGAGGUUGUGACGCUGGAAUGCCCACCUGGGACCUACAUCUUGGGGGUCUCCACCCUGCACUGCCGCGACGCAAAGUUUGUGCCGGAGUUCCUGGGCAGGCCGCCCACAUGUGUCAACGUGUGCCAUGUGGGCGCCAUCAGCGGGCGCGUGUGGAUGCACCAGCACGAGAUGGCAUCAGCGGAGCUCGCCACAGGCCCGUACCGCCGUCAGAUCGAAACGGAGUUAAACAGCAACCGCAAGGUGAUGCUGGAGGGAGGGCGCAUGCAGUUUGCCUGCCGCGAGCAUUGCCUGACCGUGGGGAACGCCGAAGUGUCCUGCCAGGGGGGCCUUCAGUCGGAGCGCUUCUUCUGCGGCUGCCAAGUGGGCCUCAAGCUCGCGGGCAUCGAGUUCGACGACACGUUGAAGGACGACGUCGAGUACGUGAAGCUGCAGUACUACCGGGGGCAUCACAUGGAGGAGCAGCUGCGGCAGCUCCGCAGGAACAAGGGCUAUGAGCACGCGGAGAAGUUCAAGCCUGAGGAACUGGCCAGCUCUGCCAUGAGCGAGUUCGUGGCCGAACAGCCUGCGCAAGUAGAAGUGCACCUCACACUUUGCGCCAAAAGUGGCAAGUCCCGGGGCUACUGGUCGCACUGCGGGGUCAUCGGCCAGACCUCCGCGGAAAGCGGCCAGAAUCUGCAGCAGCUACUGAAAAAUGCCGUAGAGCCGACUGGCACAGUUGACGCCAAGGUCCGCGUGGAACACAACGGCCACGAGAGAGUGGUGACAUUGCGCUACAUCUACAACAUGACGAGAUACGACGUGGACGUGUCAUCUGAAUAGAAAGGCAGUGAUCCGCUGGCAGCGGAUUAGAUGUGGGACACCUCCGCUUUGUGCCA